CGCAAUUUCCAAACGACCCCGUAGUGUUUUAUGAAAAGAUACUGCAUUUCCACUGUCCUGAUGACACGUCCAUUCCUUCUACAUCAUCACUUACUCCAACUCCAUCAAGUUCAGUAACUCUUAUCCACCACAUAUAUAUGCGCCUCUCUACCUUUAUUUUCCUCUCCCUUCUCUCUUGCUUUAAGCCUUUAACCCUUGAGAUUUCUAAGGACGCUGCCGGCACCUGUUGGUGACCGGCGGCAGCCCAUCAUUCUUUCAUGUUUUUUCCCGUUUCUUUCUUUCCUUUUCCAGUUUCAUGUUUUGUUUUUUCAUCUCUUUGUUGUUGUAUUUCCAGCCAUCGAUUGGCUCUGUUUUUCCCCUUUAUGGGUCUCCUUCUUCUCCUUAAUUGGAUUGAGAUUUUGUCCUCUGAUCUGAUAUAUCAGAUCUGGAGAUGUUGCUGAUCUUAGAUGCAAAGGAGGCCGGAUCUCUUAGAUUUUGGCUUGUCUUCUCCUCCUCUCGCUUUUUGUCUACCUCCUUGUUUCACCUUGCAGAUCUUGAUGGUCCGGAGAUGUGGCUCUCAGCUUUGGACUCGGAGUGAAGUUUUUGAAGACAGAAGGUCACCACCAUGGUCUGUCACCGGCCGCCCUUUCGACCAGAAGUUGCUCGCUUUGAUUUGUCGGUGUGGAGCUGCUGGAGUUUGGUCCGGCGAGGAGUUGGUUGGAACUUUGCAUGUUGUUCUCGUUGUCCUCAGUUGGGGGUGGUUGGCUCCGGCUUUCCUUUCUUCGUGCUUGGCCGUCGUUCCAUGAUGUCGGGUGGUGGGAGGAGGGUUUGCUAGGGGCUGCCAGCUGCGGUGAUGGUUCCAUGGGCAAACAUUAGGCAGCUAGGGUUUGUUUUCAGGACUAGGUUUGGGCUUUGAUUGGGCCCUAUUGGGUCUCCAAUCUGUUGUUGGGUCUUUGGGUUUGGGUCUUGAUCAUUGGGGUUUGGGUGUCUAAUGUUUGUAUAAUGUGUACUUUUUUCAUUGUGCUUGUCCCAUUUGCAAUCUAAAUGAAACUUUAAAAAAAAAAAAGUUCACUGACUCCACAAAAAUCCUUUUUUUCACUUUAGUUUUCAGAGACAUUCAUCAAUGAUGACUAAUUUGAGUCUGCGAAAAUGCCGAGGUACUACUUGGGUUGUGAGCUUGAGAUCGACUGAUUCAUUCACUGCGGACUACAACCCUUGGCGUCGAGAUCCAAGGCUAAUGGGUAGGGAUGGCAAAUUACCCACCCAUGGGUAAUUAUACCCAAACCCAAGUAGACCCAUUGAUAAUGGGUUGGGUAUGGGUGAAGUGCAUAUGGAUUUGGGGGGUUAUAGAUGGGUUUGGGUAAGGUAUGAAUAUUGCUUCCAUAAUCUAAAUGGGUAUGGGUUGGAUAUGAAUAUCCAUUUAUUUGAUGGUGUUUUAACUACACAUGCAAAAAUUGGAUCUAUUUGUAAAACUUGAAAAGUAUAGGUACCAAAAUGUAAGAUCAAAAAAUUUAGGUACCAAAACAUAAUUUUUCAUCGAUAUUUUGAGGACUUAUAUGCAAAAAAAUUAAAUUUAGGUACUAAAUAUGCAUAUCUAUUAAGUUUGGGUACCAAACUGUAAUUUGUAUUUGGGCAUGGGUACAAAUCCAUUUGAUAUAAACCCAACUCAACCCAAAGUAAAUGAGUAUGGGUACAAACCCAUCAAACUCUACCUAUAUCCAUCUAUUUGGAUUUCAUAUUCAACCCAAUUAGGUAUGGGUAAAGUUGCCAUCCCUACUAAUGGGCCUUCGUAAAUACAUCAAUUAAUGCCAUGAACUGCAAUAUAAUAAGAGCCUUUUUUUUAUGUGGACUGGGCCAGUAUAGCUUUGGUAAAUCAGCCAGCCCAUUUCUGAGAUCUACUUUCCUCUGGAUUGCAUAGCUGGUCCAGGCCUCUCAUAAAAGUCCAACUUUUUCCUGGGUACAAAAUUGCAAGCGGAAUUCCAUUCUAGUGUCAUAGAUCGAUUACUAGAAGGAAGAUUUAGAGAAGUACCGAUCAAAACAAAAAAAAAAACAAAAAACGAAAUUAAUUGAGAGGGACUCAGAGUUAGGUGUGUCGUGUGUGCAACGAUUUGGUUCAAUUGAGAGAAUCACGGUUCAACAGCAAAAUAAGAUUUUAGAGUUAAGGAUCGGAUCAAUAGUGCAUUAGGUCCUUUUUGGUUUAGUCUAAAAUGUCAAUGACUCAAUUCGAUCUAUUUUUUUUCUAUAUUUAUAAAGUUCAUGGAACCAAUAACUAAAUCCUAUUAUUUUCAGUUCGGUCUGGUCUGGUUCAAACAUCAAUUUUGCCCAAUACGAUCCAACAAUAUGAUUUCAACACUCUUGCUAUACCAGCAAAUUAGAUAGCUCUAGCCAACCAAAUUCAAUCUUACUGGAUAAAAAAAAACGCGGCAUUUUUACAUUUUUGAAGAGUUACUUUAAUCGUUGGAUUUGAAAAUGAGAGGUUCCAAUUUUGAAUUCAUUGUUUGUUUAGUUAAUUUUUUUUAUCAUGAAUUUUAAGCUUUUUGCACAGUGAUUUUAAAUUCAUUGUUUGUUUAGUUAAUUUUUUUAUCAUGAAUUUUAAGCUUUUUGCACAGUGAUUUUACAGAUAUGAUAAUCAAAUCUCACAUUUUGA